CUUUAUUUUAAUUAGUAAAUUUUAAUAAAGUAGCAUAUUCAGAAAGCCUACGAGGAGCUGCUACAAAAAUGGCACUGAGGAGAGCCGUACUCAGCCAUGUUCGACUACCCCUUCAAACCCUAACCCUAAACGGCUCCAAACAACUGCUAUGGACUCUACGAUUUAUGUCAUCGCACGAUGAUCACAUUAACAAGGAAGAGGUAAUCGAGCGAGUGCUCUCUGUGGUCAAGAGCUUCCCCAAAGUGGAUCCUGCCCAGGUGACUCCUGAAGUACAUUUCCAGAAGGAUUUGGGUCUGGAUAGCUUGGACAAUGUGGAGAUUGUAAUGGCCCUAGAAGAGGAGUUCAAGCUGGAAAUUCCUGACAAGGAAGCUGAUAAGAUAGAUUCAUGCCAUCUUGCAGUUGAAUACAUCUCUAACCAUCCAAUGGCUAGUUGAUUUGAGCAGUGAGGCCUCACUCUUUGAAUUUCGUUUGAGAAAGAAAUUAUUAUCUGCUAUCCUCAUUUGGACAGACUUUUUGGGUGCUUGUAUGGGUUUGAUCCCUGUAAUGAAGAUGGAAAAUAAUCGAAAACUGUCUGAUAAAAAAUACAAUUUCCAGAAUUAGUAUCUCAUGACUUUCUGCUGUAAACUUUCGAUCUUUCAAUUUGCAAUGAUUCCCUCCUUGGAUAACA